UCUGGCAGCUGCCCCAUACCAAGGAGCAAGAAGGAGCGAAAGACAAGUGGCGGGUGGGCGAGUACCUUUUCUCUCCUCGCCUUUUCUCUCGCGUGACCCUUCAAAUAAUUCUCUGCGGACUUCUUCCUCUUAUUCACAAGCCAGCACUGAGCGAUGAACCAGAGUCCCAGUAUCGCGGCGGUGGUGGAGAGUCUGCUCAAGGUGGCGGGUGAGAACUACAAGGCAUCAGGGCAACUGUCCCCUGAUGUGCUGGUGUCACUGCACCUUAUCCACGGCCCGUCACUCCUCAACGCACUGGACCUUGUGGAUAACACGAAGGUGGUGAAGGCAGUGAGCACCAGCGGCCGGUGGUUGUACCAGGUCACAGGCAGCGCAGGAACACCUUACUAUUGUUUCCCUCACUCAAUAUAUUGUCAAUGCAUGGCCUUCAAGUAUGCUAUACUCAAGAGGAGGGAGCGACCUCUGUGCAAACACGUCCUUGCAGCACGCCUGGCUGACGAGAUGGGGCUGGUCAAAGAAAGAAAGGUCUCGGACGAGUAUAUCAUGGACGUGCUGGCCCAUGUGUACUAGAUCUGGCCAGCGAGGGAGAGAGAAUGAUUAUUUUUGUAAGUUACAUUCAAAGGCUGUGCUUUCUCAAGGAACUAGACUCCGAAAAAUAAAUAAAAUAAAAUCUUA